UUUUUGGUGCUCACCCUCGGAGCGGCAGCAGCGACAGACUCUCUCUCUCUCUCUCUCCCUCCCUCCCUCUCUCUCUCUCUCUCCACUUUCCUCUUUUCUCCUCCUCUCAGUUUUCACCUUAUUUUUGGUUCUGAUGUGUGCGUCCUGCGUCUCCUCUUGGAUAUGAGGGAUUUCAGGUGUCCGUAGGUUUGGCCACUCUGCUCCUCUUGGACUUACUUUUGUUGAAAUAUUUUGGGGGUCGCCGUUUUUUUUCCUGUGAUAUUCAGACAUUUUUCGUUGUUUGGCGUCGUGAGGAAUAAGAAGUCAACAUGUCGAGGAGCGUGGAUGAGGUGUACAAGCUGACUGAAAGUACUUAUAAGGUGAGUGCUGCUGGGAACACAACAGGUGCGACCACGACAGAGGAGAGGACAGAAAACCUCCAUGACAUGAAGCUGCAGCUCAGAAACUUUAACCUGCUGACCUCCUCACUUUGUUGUUUUUAACCAGCUGUAGUUUAUGUCUUUUUAACUGAACAAUAAAACCUCUAAACUCAACUUGGCUGAGACUUAAUGGACUAUUAAGCUCUGAUAUAAACUCAAGCACUAAAAACAACUCAUUCCUAACAUUUAUGGCAGGGUUACUGCAGUUAUUAAAGAGUUAUAAGCGCUUUCUCUUCAUAAUAGUCUGAAUAUUUAGUGGCAAUGCUGCACUUUUCCUCUGAGAGACAUAAACUCUCCAAAAGUGGGUUCAGAUCACUGGUUUUAAAGAAAAUAGCCCCACCCUAGGAGAGCCAUUCCUCCUUUUAAUGCUGCUUAUGUUCCCCAGAAUCAUCAUAUAUAUUUUUUAUAGAUAAGUUCUUGCUUUAAAAUAGCUUAACUCCUUUUUUUGCACUGUUGGAUAGUUAGAAAACUGUCCUAAAACCAUUAAAUUCCCAUCAGAAGAGAAACAAUCAGGAUAAAUUGAUUUAAACCACCUUUAAUUAUAUUCUAGACAUAGUUAUGCAACUUAAUUCACCUCAUAGAUGAAUUAGCAUCUAUUAAAGUGGAGGUGAGUGGAGUACAAUGUGGCUGCAGGGGUCAGAAAACACAUCUAGUCUAGGGCCCGCUCUCAGGACAGCCCCCGCAGCUCCUCGCUGUGAUGAAACGCAGGAAAAAGACUCCGGGUUUAAUAAUUUAGCUGCCUGUGUGUGCUGUGUGCUGGUAAGAUUAUACAGCAGGCUCCUCCAGCAGCAAUCACCUCCGUAUAAUACAAUCUGUUUACAUGAGGAGGGCAGCAAAUGAGGGCCCGGCUCGGCUGCAGGUGGGCCUCACCUUUAUGAAGAGUUAUUUACAGUUUUUACGGAGCUGAAUCCAGGACUGUCGAGGAUCUGGUUUGGUGGAUUUGUUCCCAAAAGGUGUCGGCUCCGGUUAAUAAUCACUCCAUCAUGUCACUGAGUGUCUCACUCUCCUCCACCUUUACUCCCGUGUGAUGUCACCCCGCCGUGUUUGAGUCACCCACCUGGAAACUGGGAUGUGUUUGGACAACAUCUCAACUAUUUAAACCAUGAAUGGACACUGUGUGACUAACCGUCCCCUCCUUUUUUUUCUUCUUCUUUUGUUUCCACCCAAUCAGAGUGUGAUGGACCAGUUCAACCCAGGACUGAGGAACCUGGUCAACCUGGGCAAGAACUACGAGAAAUCAGUAGCAGGUGAGUAUUUAUUCACGCUGUCAGGUGGUGAUCCUCUUCGUUUGACGUUUACAUGCAAGUCUGUGAAAAUUCCUGUGAAAUUCUGGGUAAAUAAUGCAAAAGUGAAGUUACUCGCACAGCUUUUUAUCACUCUUUGAUGCCUUUACCUGUCUAACCUUCGUUUUCCUCAGAUGGCGUCUUAAAGUGAAGAUUGUUUUUCAGCUUUUCUAGUAAAAAUAGAUAAUUUCCUAAUCAGACUAACACCUAAAUCUGUUUAAAGACCCAAAGAGGAUAAAGAAAUUGACAUAAACAGAGUCAAAAAUCAUGUAUUUGUAUGCUUUUACUGAUCGGAUAGCAUCAGAUACUUAAUAUGUAAACUGACAACCUUUUCUUUUUAAUGUGUAACUGAAAUCUCAAAAUCCCUGGGACAUUUGAUGAAGAUAUAAGGUGCACUAAGCCAAACAAAACAGUCAGAUAAGUCAAACUUUAUUUAACUCAGUAAAUAACUCAGCGAGGCUACGAUAGCUGCAGCGCUCCGACAAGCCAAAAGGAUUUUAAGCGCGCCUUAUAGUGCGAAAAAUACAUUAAAGAAACACGAGCAGGGAGCUUUAAAAAAAGGAAUAAAGUUAGACUGUAGUUCCUGCGGCUGAAACGCUCACAGUUCCUCAAAAGGUUCUUAUAGUACCAAAGAAAAGUUCCUGCGGUUGAAAAGCAUCUUCAGAGUUACUGAUUCAUCCAUGUGUGUCCAGUAGAACACUUCAGGAAACUGUGAGCCUUCAGACUGAUCUCUGUAUCUGCCUUUUAUUUCACACAUUAACAGAUUGAAAAGUGUGAUUUAUGUGACUGUUUUCAAGCACCACUCUGUCCCGCCCACAACACUGUCUGAUUGGCUAAUUGAAUCUGGUUAACGAAGUUUACAUCUAUGCAUGAUGUUGAGCAUUUUAGCUUGGAUUAAAACAUUUCUAAAGACAGUCACAAAAUGUUUUUGACAUUUUAAAUUUUACAUUUUGACAGAAAGUUUCCAACUUUGACUGUGAAUGUGUGUCAGCUGCAAAUACGGUUAUUGCUCUCAUUAACAACGAGUAAUGGCGUAUCAGCCCUGAAAAAAUGAUAACAGACCGUUAUCAUUCCCAAAACUAAUAGUAAAAGUAGAUCAUGUCAUAAAAGGCCUUAUCUAGUUUCAGUCACUCUGCUUUAACAUUUUCUCAUUCACUAAUUUUCUCAUUUUCUCGUUUUUCAGCGAUGACCCUGGCGGGAAAGUUGUAUUUUGAUGCGAUGGCAAAGAUUGGAGAAAAUGCCGCAGUGUCUCCCGUCUCCAGAGAAUUAGGUAAGUCUCCACGUCUCCUGCGGACUCACUUUGGUCUCAUUGUUGGUUUUUAAAGGACGCGUUCAUGCGGUUAGUCUCUGUGGAUCAUUUCUUCAGUAACUCGUCUGAAUUUAUGACUCUGGUGUUUUUAUCUCCGUGUCCUCGAUCAAUAGAGGUCUCAAACUGGCACAUUUACUGUAGCCAACGAUCAAUGAGGUCAGCGCUCAUAAAGUCAAGAUAAACAAGGUAACAUAAACACUCUGCCAGUCGGGUUCAAACUGGUGAAUCUGGUCACGUUUUCCUUCAGCGUGUGGAAGAAAAAAAAUCUGCCGACAGUCUGAAAGAAUCAGAGGUUUGAUCUUCAGAGAGAAAUGGAAGAAAAGCCUCUCCAAACUGAAAACAAACUCAGAGGUUUGUGUUCCUUCAGUUUAAAGCGAGCGGUGUCACUUUUUUAAAAACGACAGAGAGUAAACAAGGAGAACAAGUGUGCGCUGUCACGCCUCCUCGUUAUUAUUGAGGUAGACAAACAAACGCCGUCCUGUAGCUCCAUCACAGCAGCACUUACACUUUGAUUAACGGACGUGUUCGAGUGUGUGAAAAAAGAAACACAUUUCUGCACAGAGUUUGUUUGCUCCUCUGUUAGUUCGGAGCCGACUCCCCACGCUCCCGUUCCCACAGGCUCAUUUGCAGCUCGAAGACGUCUGGCGUCCUCUCUCAGCGGCGUCACCGGUGGCGCUCUCUGAUUUAACCGCCGCGUGUCUCUGGACUCCCCUGCUGAUUAGAAGCAAAACUGCUAAUUAAAUUCGGCGGCACAAUGGGAAGUGCCACGUGGUGUUGUGUUGUGCUGCAGUGCAAGUCCUGGCACUCCAAACAGAGACUGAAGCAUUCAGAGACAUAUAGUGAAGCCUUAAUAGGAUCAUUACUGGCUCUCAAAUGUAUCACAGCUACGAUAGAUUCUGAGGAUAACAAGCUUUUACUGUGUGACGAUAAAUCCACGUCUCAGCUCUCCAUCUGCUCGGCGUGUUGGAGACAGUCUCGGUUUCUGAACGGCUGCAGCGUUUUAGACAGUAAGAAGUGAGAAGAGAAGUUUCAGCAGAUCUUCGUAUUAAUUUUUAAUUGGUGUUAAAACACUUUUUAAGAGGAGUCAUAAAGAAGAGAUCAACACCGGAGGAAAACAAAGAGCCGCAGCCUCUAAAAAAGUUGGCAGGAGUUUUCAGCUUUUGUGCGUGAGACAGAAGAACAGCUGUCGGAGUUUCUGCGACUCUGACCUCAAACUUUAACAUCAUUAAUGAGUUUUUGUGGUCGCUCAGUAGCUUUGGGGUGUAGAUCUGUGAAAGAACAUCCUUGUAUUCAGCAGCUAAAGCACCUCCCAUCACCGGUGUCUGUUUAACCGAGGUCCAUGACACCUUAAGAGGCUUAAAGUUAGCGCUGCAGUCCCAGAAAUGCCUCCCGCUUUCUCCAUCAACCAUCAAAUAUUCAAACACGGCCACGUUUAUUCGACCACCUGUCCAAUCACACGGCCCCUGGUCGUCCCAACGACUCAAAACAGCAGCAAAAAGAAAAGACAGUGAGGAGACGUGAGACAGGAGACAUUUAAAGAUGGGUAUGAAGUAAAUGUUCACGACAGAAGAGUAGACACCGAUCAAAGAUGAACUGAUUAUGAAAUUAAGAGUGGAAACUGGAACUUUUGUUUUACUACUUCUGCUUUGUUUCGUUUAUUUAGAUCUCCAUUAGCUUUGGCUGAGGCCAUCGCUAUUCUUCCUGGAGUCUACAAAAAAAAACAUCACACCACAAACACAAAGACAACCUCGACAACCACUACAACUGGACCUUAUACAUUUUCUACACUGUAGCUGUAGUUUGGAAAUAAUCCGAUGUUUGAAUAACAAUCAGACGUUAAAGUCCCUCUUUGUCCUGCAAACUGCAUGUCUGUGAUCUUUUGCAGAGACUGUUUAAUAUCCACACACAUUCACAGGGCUGCCAAGUUUCAGAAAAAGACAAGAGUGAGACUCGAGCAUUAUGAUGUGUUUGGCCGCCAACUCGUGGUCGGUGAAAAAAGAUCCCGGUCGGUAAAUCAGAGUUACUCAAACUAGCCAAGUUAAUUAUCAUGAAAAACAUAAACGGAGUAUUUAAUGGGGAAAAAUAAGCGUGAGAAAUGCAGAAGUCAUGCAGCAGUACAGCGGCUUUCCAGGCGUCCAACAUCAUGUGUUUUGGACCGAUCCGACACUCAGUAUAUGUCUGUAUAUUUUUGUGGCUAAUACCGGGUCCUCAGUUCUAGUUUCUUGUCUUUUUUGUCUUGCAGACUGGAAUGACAAAUAAAACUCCUUUAAAUAAAUCACUUUCUAAAAACUUCCCUGAAUAAGUAGCGAAGUGUUAGAGCUUUCCAAAUUUGCACUGACAUGAUGAUGGAGAAAGGAUCCUGUGAGAUAUGACAAGCCAAAACUCCAUUUGGCACGUCUUUUGCUCACUUGUAGAGGUCAGACUUUGCGCAAGAAUACAGUUUGUUUGACUGAAAACAGACGGAGAGUCAAUCUGCUGGAGGUAAAUAACCUUAAACUUCUAAAUAUUGAGUUUAUGUGGACCGUCUUUUAUUACUGUAGUUUUUCCUUGGCGCCCCCCUCGACAUUCUUCGCUUGUUUGGAAUAAAAAAUCUGCCCCAGAGGGACGCAGAGCUGCACUGCUGCCAAAAUAAACAUCAAUUUUAUUGUUUUCACCCAGAAAAGAGAGAAGAGAAAUGUGGCUCAAUUUUACACCGAUGAUAUACCGACUUCUGUUGUCAGGAUUUAGUGGGUCGCAGAUGUGAAACUGACUGUUCUUAAAACGUUCGUAUUUUGAGGAUUUCGAUCGUUGACACUGACGAUUUUCAGACGGAAGUUCGUCUUCUGACCCGGUUUCACCUCUUUUUUUAGUUCCCAUGCAUUGAGCUGUUUUUAGUUGCUGUCAGACGGAGCAGUUUACAGUACAUUAAGUAUGAGCAGCACGGCUCGGGAUUUACUUCCUGUGAUAGGAAGUGAGGAGGAAAUGAAGGGAGGGAUGCAAACAAACUGCAGAUUAUUAUCAGAGUAAUUAAAAACUUCAGCGAUUACCGUCAGACGCUCUCCUUCUCUGCAGAACGAAAACAAAACAACGUCAGGUCCCGGAACAGAUGACAUUAGCAUUACAAAACAGCGUGAAGUUAAAAUGUCAAAGCUGAGUCACGGCGACCUCUGACCCGUGGACCAUCUCCAGCUCCCACUAAUCCAUGAAAGGGAGAGACAGACGGAGACAGAUCAGUCCAGUCUGACUCAUUAUGGGGGAUUAUGUAAAGCAGGAGGCGAUUAAACGCACACGGCUGAGAGUCAUCUCGUCUAAUGAAGCGCGAUUGUUAACCUGAGUGCGUUAUGAACUCUCCAGGACUGAGCAGGAUCCACAGACUGAUCCUGAAUCUGAAUGUGAAGUUCUGGAAAAGUUCUCGAGGAUGUAGAAACCUGAUCCUCGGUGGAGCGUAGCCGACCAGAAACCAGAUACUCUCGAGAGGCAUUUGAGGACCGGUGCGCCUCGUCCUCCUACCUUCUUCCUUUAAUUCCUUCACUCGCCCCUCCUCCUCUUCUUCGAGAGUUCAAAUGUCAACAGUUGUUUCAUUCAAGCACUCGGGUUUCUGAAGGACCGAACCGUUUCACUGUGACCCUGCAGAGUCUGUAAAAGCCGCCACAAACAUGCAGCGUCCAGAUCAGCUACACACUUUCGCAGACAAACACACACACACACACUCGCUGUCUUUUGAUAGUCCUGGCUUGUUCGAGUGGCACCAAGCCCACUUUACAUAAUCCAAACAUGUUUGCAUGGUGUGUCAGGUGGCUCUGUCCGGUGCCAGGAUUAUUUUGCCCACAGUAAAGCACAGAGGAAGAGCUGUGGGCCGCUUUGCAUGCUCGAAGCAAAAUGUUGUUUUCAGAAUCGGCUCAGAGUCGUACGCUCCUCGCUUUUUUUCUUUCACAUGAUCCUGCUCUGUUUUUUAUCUGCUCUGAAGAAUGACGCCUUGAGAUUCCUCUUAAGUUUAUCAGUCUGUUGUGAUCAGGUGAUCGCUCCUCGGUAGAAAGACGAGGUUUUGCAUUGGUGGUUAUUUUCUUAUCGACCUCUCAGAAAUUUCCUUUUUGUCUACAAGUCAAAAAUAUUCAGCGCUAAAUCUUCAAAACGAAAAUAUUCAUAAUUUAUGAGCCGGCAUCAGAAGAUAGUUCCUUCACUCAGAUUAGUUAAUGACAUAUAAAACUCUCUCUGCGUGUUUCAGCUCCACAUACCUCUGCUUUACUUUCUUCUCAAAGAUCAGAACACAACAUGUUUCUUUGCAUGAUUUACGCCGCACCAGAGGCGACUGAUUUCAAUCUGUGCUGUAAGUAGUUUAGUGCGCUGACAGCAGAGAGAGAUCGUUCUGUUUUUCACAAAACUCUAACCGCCAUAGCGAUCGAGGUUGAGACACUUUUGAUUGUCCCCGAGGGGAAAGCCUGUCACAUUACCGCACAGGCUCAUGCACAAAACACGUAAUUAUGCGAAGACGUCAAGAGAAAACAGGACACCUAUGGUAUGUAAGACGUUCAUGAAAACCAUCAUCAGUCAGCAGGAGUAAAAGGGAAGCUGGUUAUUACUGCAGCAGAAAAAACAUCACAGGCUGCGUUUCUUAGAAGAACAACUGCAAUACAAGGGAAACAGAGUCGUGUUUUAUUGAUUUAUCAUAUUCUCUUUUUCAUGCAACGUUUUUAAAAGCUUUUAGUCCAUCUGCUUGGUGAUGAUGUUUACACAUUCUGAAUCUGCAGGGAAGAGUUUUCUGUUUGUAGCACAGCUGACCAAUCAUGCAUCAGCAGGUGUGUGCAGAAAAACAGUCUUAAGGAGAGCAAAAGCAGGCGGAGCAAAGUGAGCUCAAGCGUACGAUGACUUUGACCAGUUAACCCGGAUGUUGGAGCUGGGAAUGACGCUACACCCAAGUUGAUGGCGUUCCAGUAAACAAGUCGGAAAACCAAGAUGGACGCCUACUGUUAGCAGUUGUCAAUUGUUGUUAGCCAUUGUUAGCGAUUGUUAGCCGUUGUCAGCUGUUGUUAGCUGUUGUUAGCUGUUUUUAGCCAUUGUUAGCUGUUGUUAGCCGUUUUUAGCUGUUGUUAGCCAUUGUCAGCUGUUGUUAGCUGUUGUUAACUGUUUUUAGCCAUUGUUAGCUGUUGUUAGCCGUUGUUAGCUGUUAUUAGCCAUUGUCAGCUGUUGUUAGCUGUUUUUAGCCAUUGUUAGCCGUUGUUAGCUGUUGUUAGCCGUUGUUAGCAGUUGUCAGCUAUUGUAAGUGGUUGUCAGUUGUCACUAGCUGAUGUCCGUUGUUGUUAGCCGUUAUUAGCCGUUGUUAGCAGUUGUCAGUUAUUGUUAGCCGUUGUUAGCUGUUUUUAGCCAAUGUCAGUUGAUAUUAGCAGUUGUCAGCUUUUGUAAGUGGUUGUCAGUUGUCACUAGCUGAUGUCCGUUGUUGUUAGCCGUUAUUAGCCGUUGUUAGCGGUUUUCAGUGGUCGUCAGCUGUUGUUAGCUGAUGUCAUUUUGUUGUUAGCAAAUGUCUGUUGUCAGUUGAUGUAAGUGGUUGUCAGUUGUUGUUAGCCGUUGUGAGUGUAAGGCUUUUCCCCUGAAAACACACCUUCAAAAAAAGUAGGUUUGUUGUAUAUUGAAGGUUUAGUUAUUAAAUGUCAAUAUUCGUUAAUACAGGCGUUGCCGUAAAGUGAGUAAACUACACCUGAGCCCUGACUCACCUGUGUUGGUACCAGAGGGACACAGUUCACAGAGUCACAUAAAUGUAGGACAAGAUAUUUAACAGCUGAGGCAGAGGGAGGGUGCCUGUUUAAGAUAAGAGUUAUCAGUUUGGCAGAGACACUGAACGACUGUCAAACAGUCAGUAAAUACAGAGGCACAGAGAGGAGCAGGCAGACUAAAAACUGUUUAAAGCCUUUGAUUCAUUUUCUGUAAAUGUAAAAACCCGUUGAUGUCGAGAGUGAUCGCACUGAGAGGAAACAGAGGAAAGAGAGGCAGCAGGUGUGAAAGGAAGCAGGUGAGCGGGUUUAGGUAGAUCGUUAACAAACACUAAAAUCCACCAUCAUCGUUUCACUCCUCAGUCAGUCCAACCUGCUGAUAAAAACCUGUCAGGGUUUUCUGACAGGACUCCAGCAGCCCGUCUCUCUGUCCCAGUUUGUCCGCUAAUGGUGCAGAAUCGCCUCUACUCUUAUCCACAUCAUGACACACUUUAGCCCUCACGCCUUGCUGGAUCAGGAACACCUGUUGCUUGGCAACGUGUUGCAACAAUAAACAAAUGAGUGUUAUCUGCUGUAAAGUGGCCGUUGAUUCAUGAGGAUCAGAUAUCUGUGCAGACUCAGUAGAAGUUUCACGUGUAUUGAUCGAGUAUUUAACAUUUGGUGAUGUAUUGAUAUUAUUAUUGUUCUUCUGCGAUGGUCUGUUGUCCAUCGUCCUGGUCUGUGCUCGCUGUCAGGGAGGGUGUGGCGGUAAAAGGUGGGGCGGACGGAGCUUCAGGGAGGAGCUCUGUUUACCUGCUGAUGAAACUACAGGAUGUUGUCAUAAAUCAGACUCAACAUCCGUCACAGAGUUCGUCAGAACUGCGAUCACACCUCACCAAAAAAAACGAAGUGGUUUUAUUUACUGCGAGGAAAAAAUCGAUGAUUGAAUCAAAAAAACUCUUUUCUCUUCUCAUAUUUUUCUUGCUUUUCCAGUUUUAAUGAGGUAACGCUGAAUGUCUAAAGUUGUGUUUAUUCACAGAGCCAACGCUUCACCCCUGCGUUGGUCCGUGUCUCUAAUUUCCACCCUGAAAAUCUGUGUUUUCUCAAGGUUGCAUCACUGCUAACACCCCUGAGUACAGUGCAGCUGUACAUGUUGGCUGCUGAUAAAUAUAUUUUUUUAUUUACUCGCUCGCUGUGUUUGGAAAAAAUAAACACUCGUGGGAAAAGCUCAGUGUGGGAGAAAGUCUGAAGAAUAAGCAUCAAGUUUCCAUCCUGUUUUUGCAGGAAGAGUUUAAUCACGUCAGCAAUGCAGCUUUACAUUUAUGCAUCAGCUGUCGUCUCUUGAAGGACUUUCCUCCAAUUUAUUUCCCUUUAAGAUGUUUUUUUUUUUAGCUGCCAAGGCUUUUAUUUCUCUCACACUGUUUCCAGGCAUAAAUAUAAGCUGUAGUGAAGUGUCUUCCUGCACAAACAUCUACAUAAACAACUAAUGGACACGUGUUUCUGUUUGAGACAGAUCCUUUUGUUGUCCUGCUGUCUUGUCCUAUAAUUACCGUAAAACUUCUAAUAGAGCCCCUCCUAAUUGAAGGCAGUGUCUUUAAUGAGCAGGGCAUGGCUGCAGGUUUGGACAACAAAAAGAUUUAUUCAAAACAAACUAAAUAAAAAGCAACAAAAAUCUACUUAGAAUGUCCAACAGAAAAACUCCCAAAAAAACCACGAGAAAUAAAAAUCCAAAAUCCAACAAAGGCACUGGGGGAAAAACACUGACGCACAGACUUACAACACAAAUUCACAAUGAACCAACAAAGAAACAGGGGAAGACAAGGACUAAAUAUACACACAGGGAAACGAGCAACGAGAGGCAGGUGAGACACUGAGACACAGGUGAGACAAUCACAGAGGAGGGAAAACUGAGGAGGAAAAACCAGACUAGAAACACAGGGAAUAAACUACAACAAAGUAAAACAGGAAACACUGAUAUAAGGAAUAAAACACUGAGAACAUGAGAGAACAAGGGUCAAACUCAAGACAAGACUACAGGGGAACAGGAACACUAGGAAGCAAAUCUACAUAUCCGGACAUUACCAGUGUAGUAGAAGUAGCAGGUCACAUCGGAGCUAUUCAGCUCUUGGACACAAAUGUCUUUGGGGACAUGAUGAAAGUUGAUAUCAUAAUUAGCUUUCUCACUAGCAUUGCAAUUCGCUAACACACACGCUUGUUUGUGAUCAUCCUCUCUACUUCUACGAGUCUGGCCUGCAUGGCGGGGCUCAGGGGGCGGAGCUUGGAUUUGUGAAGUAAGAAAUCUCACUGACUUUGAACCUUCUGUUUGGGUCUGUGAGAGAUUCAGUCAGCUAACCCUAACCCCCAAUUUUCAAUGCAUCCGAAACGACACAGCGGCGAUUUUCCUUCCGGAUCAGUUUGUGAGACGAGUUUCUUGGUGGAUUACAGACAGCAGGAAUCACGAGAACUUACAAGAACCCACGGAUUCCCGUGCAAUCACGCAAUAACAAGUUGUCUUUAGCCACAGAGGCUAACCAUAUACCAUGUAGAUUGUGUCCUUCCAGAGGAGGAAAUCUACUUCUAGACUUUUAGAAUCAGUAUCUUCUCAUCUGUGGUAUCAUCGUGAUGAAAUGCUGUCUAUAAGGCUUUGCAAGGUUUACAUGGUGUGAAAUACAAUCCGCCUGAAACAUGGAAUGUUUUAUUUUAAAAAGAAGCCGAAUGUUUUAUUUUGUGUCUGUGCUCGACUUGCUUUCUAGCACGAGUUAAUCUGUCCUGAAUUUAUGUGUCCUGUAGCAUCAGAAAAAUGUCAUAUAAACAUGUAAACAACAAGUAAAGCGUGAUCUUCACCUGAGUGGAUCUUGAACUGAUGAUGCUAAAAUAAAGACACCAGAUCCUGAACUUUUAGUGGAUCCUCAGCGCUGUAGUCUUUCUGUUUUGCCACCACCCUCUCUUGAAAUAGACUCUGCCUCCCUCUGUGCUAAAAUAACUUAUCAGCACGGUCGGCCCACACACGUUUUGUUGCAAACACACACAUUGUCCUUUCAUGUCUGCCAGUCAUCAGGGUGUUAAAAAUGGCGUUUGUUAGGGGGGACUCCUGCAGACAAACACACACACGCGUGUAUGUUUAGAAACACAAACACAGCUGCAAAUACGGGCCUGUUUUUAUCACUACCAAGGCCUCAGCCGAUGGGAUAAACAAACACACACACACACAUCAGGAAGGACGUCUAUGUGAAUCUGUUAUUGAUUAACAUAAUCCUAAUUCUCUGACCUUGUUGGCCGACGUCUAAAGACUGAGGGUUAUAAUUCGUGGCCGUCUGCCAUCAGAGCUUUUUGAUUAGCAGAGCCGCUGGUAGGUGGUCCGGUUUUUCCGGUCCUGGCACACGUGUUUGUUUCCCUUUCAUCCCAGCCAAGGAAGUCCUUUGUAAUAUAAUCUGUAGUCUGUCACAUCUGAUGGAUUCCUGCUCAUUCACUCUGAGCACACACCGUGUCAUGUAUAUGUAAUUCUCAUUGUCGUUUUGCUGUUAAAACUAUUGCAUAACCUCUGAAGAUGGCAUUGUUGUUGUUUUGUGAAGUCUCUGUCGGCCCGUCUGUCAGACUCUUCCUAACCUGUGCUUUUAUUUCCUCCCUGCUUUCUUCUCUUUGUGUUUCAGGUGUCGUUCUGAUGGAAAUCUCAGAGGUCCACAGGAAGGUUCAUCUCGAGCUGGAAGAAAAUGUAAGUGCUACAUGUGUUUUUGUGAUUCGCUCUCCUCGUCGGCUUGCAUCACUCCCCAAACCUGUUUGUUCGGCGUAUUCCCCGACAACCGCAAGCCAAGCUCCAAUUCACUAAACACUGUUCAGCGGCACACGCAGUCAGCCUGUAGCUUUCUCUUUCCUCCUCCCACCUUUGACGGAUAAUCACUGCCUCAUCUCUCUCCUCCUCCUCCUCCUCCUCACCUACAUUAACUACAGUAGCUCCACAGAUAAGAAACACAGAGAGUCUGACUGCAGGGGAAACAACAGGUUUAGUUUGCAGAAGCACCUGUUGGCUUAUUUCUUGAUGAGACGAGGAGGCGAGUCUCGACAUGCCCCUGAAAAAAAACACCAGCUGGAGCCGAUUCAGGUGCUGCAUGGAGAAAAUACGGAUUAAUUAAAGGCUGUUAGAGCGCUAACAACACCGCGAGGGCUCGAUUAUUAUUAAUCCUUUUGUAUUUAUUAGACUCGUAAACAUCCGUGAGAAAUGCACGAUGAAUACCAGGUGUUAAAUACUUGAUUCUGAUCGGUUGGAAUGAUUUCACAUCAGCCUGUUGACGCUGUGGCAGGAAAACCCCAGAUCCUCACUUUGCAUCCUCUCUAACUCGGCUUGUUUAAUAGAGAGGCGAUGAUUUCAGUCUAGCACACAAAACAGAAUAUGACUCUCUUCUGUCAGGCAGCUGCCAAAAACUCCUUGUUUUGUUUCUCAGUAGUUGUUUGGUGUUUUGACUGUGAAAUUUCUGCAGAAGUUCCCCAAACGUCAUUUAUGGUUUUAAUCUUUUCAAAACAACACGGAUGACUCAGAGACUCGGCUGGACGCUGAUAUCAGGAGGGAGAGAGCUGCUAAAUUUAAAACUUAAACUGACACUUUUACACUUUUUAUGUCAACUUCAAGAUAGACUGUGUCUUUAACCUGAUAUAACAAAUAUACUAGGAGACACCUUUGAACAUUUUUGUCCCUAAUUGGGUUAAAAUCCUGAAUUUAAAGAAAAACGUGGUGUACUUUUAAGUGAGUUUGCCCUGAGAUUUCACAAACGGCUAACAAAGGAGGGUUAGGGCUACACGUCUGCAUUGAAUCUGCACAUUGCUGAACACAACGGGAAUCGUCUGGAGAUCCGUAAACACAAACUAGAGCAAGACACGGGAGCGGAUUUCCACUCCUGUCCUGUCCCACUCCCAGAGAAAAAAUCCCGUCCCAUCCCACUCCCACUCAAAACUCCUGUCCCGCUCCGGUUUAAAUAAAACCAAACAUGUUGAAAAAACGUUGGAUUUUUUAUUUUAGGUAAAAGUGCAUAAUAUGCAUAAAUAAAUAAAAAAAUUUAGGUAAAAGUAGCAGCCGAGUCGGAGCAGCAGUCGCUCCUGGCGACACCGGCAGCCGCUCUAAGUCGCUUUCCACUUCCGGUGGUGACAGGAAGUCAAACCACUGUUGUAGUUCUUUUGUGUUGCUAGCGCGGCCAAGUGUGUUGGCUCAGAGGUGUUUGACCCUCCUGGCCCUCCCAAGGUGCUCUUGAGCAAAUCACUCAGUACGAAACCGAACUAUUGCCUUAAUUAUUGCCUUGACCUUAGUCACCUUAUUCCAACUAUAAUCUGAGUUUGAGAACUCCAAUUGGAGUCAGAGAAGUCCGAUUAAGACACCCAAAUAAUAUGAUUGAAAUUCGCUUUUCUCUACCAUGUAACCAGCGAAGUCGGAGUGUGAUCGGACAAGUGUAGUGACAAGUGUCUCUAUCUUUUAAAGAACUUUCAACUCAGAAGCAACUGCAACAUGAACCCUCAUCAACCAAGAGUGAGAGUUUUUCAGUCAGUAGCGACGGCACAAAGCGAAUCAUUGAAGACAUGAUAUUGUUGUAGUCCUCCAUUAUCACACAGCGUUCUUAAAAUCACCAUGAGCACGAGCAGUAGCAUGCAUCUCAUCUGCAGAAAAAGUAGAGCGUACCUCAUGUACGACAAAAACAAAGCUGUACGAUGCUCCAUCUUCUUGUUUCUCCAAAAUGCCCAGCAGCAGUUGUAGACACUUCCAAUGUCUGGCAGGGACCAGAAACAGCGCCACUGAAAAGACUCAUAUUGCCCCCUAGUUUUGGGGAGGAGGACACGUUCCGAGGACAAGGAGAGAAGUCUGAUUCAGCGAAAAAUAAACGAAUUAUGAUCUUAGUCCGAUGAAGCUGUGCAUGUAAACGCACUGACUGACACGCUCUCAUGCAGCCCCCUUCAUCCUGACUUCUCUUCGUUGUAGAUCGUCGAUUGAUUUUCUUCUCAUUCACAAAAACAGGAAGCUGUUCCAGUGAGUCGCCACGUUAUCGUUAAUGAACCCUCGACCAAAGACAGCAGAGUUUGAAGUUGAUCUCGGGGGUCUGGAGGAUGUGCGGCGCUCCUCUGGGACUUUGUUUCUCGCUGCAUCAGUGAGUGGGAUGUUUGUUAAUGGACUCGAGAGUGUGAGUCACCGCAUCACUUCAGGUCGAGGGGGUAUAACGGAGAGAAACCUGGACGGAUGAGGGUGCGUGCGUGCACAGUGGGUUUUCCAGUCCUUCGAUCGAUCCUCUCCUUGUGGGGUCUGACGCCCCGUUACGACCAGGCUGUGUCCGCCCCCGCAGUCCUGAAGGAGAGCUGCAGGGGAAGAUCGACGGGAGGAGAGAGGAGCUGUGGGCAUUCCCACGCUCUGUUUCUGACUCAUUCAUGAGCGCAGCCUCGGCCUCGGCUGCCGCCCCCAGAUACACUCCAAAUGAUCGCUCUCUGUUUCUCUCCGAGGCUUCGGUGUUUCUCCCUGUUUGCUGACAGCUAACUGACAAACUGUUGCACCCCUCCCAUCGAGCUCCUAAUCACCAGUGUGUCUUCUUCUUCUUCUCCCUCUCUCCUCCUCCUCCUCCUCCUCCUCCUCCUGAAGUUUAAGAGGUUUCACAGAGAGAUAAUAGCCGAGCUGGAGAAGAAGACUGACAUGGACGUCAAAUACAUGACAGUGAGUAUCUUCUCUCUAACUCUGAGUCUGUGUCGAUCAGGAGAACACACACAACGCUCUGUAAGACAUUUUCUGCAUAUUUAGCAGAAGUUAAAGAAGUUUUUCCAACUUUUGUUUGACUCUUAGUCCCACAAGAUUCUCCUCCGCCAAUUCUGUCCAAGACUUUUCAGCUUUAGGCAAAUUUAUCCUUAAAUUUGGGGUUUAAACCCUGAAAUUUUGACGGCCACAUGAGGAGAGGAGCAGACUUUCAUUGGAAAGCGCUCAUGAAACAUGUAUUUACCUUAAAAUCCCCACUAUAAUCAGGUUUUAUUUACAGUUAAACACCUGAACUCAACCUUACCACAUGCAGCGAUGCACUGCUAUAAUAUUCCACCGUCAUUAGAGAUCAUUUAUUUCCUAAUGUGAGUUAUUACUGCAACACAAUGCAGGAGGAAAUAGGUCCAAUUCAGCUGCAUUAUAACACACCGAGCAUGUUAUUAUUUUCUGUUGCGCUCUCUAACAGGGAGUUUAAUGAACAUCUGCACAACCUACUCGUAGUUUUAUUACUUAAUGCGGUUCUGAAAAAUCUACUCUGAUCCUUGUUUUUGUUCCAGGCCACUUUCAAGAGAUACCAGAUGGAGCACAAGAUGAAGCAGGACUCGCUGGAGAGAUCCCAGUCCGACCUGAAGAAGCUGAGGAGGAAGAGCCAAGGCAAGAACGCCAACAAGUACGAGAGCAAGGAGAGCGAGGUGAGAAGUCGACACACACAAACAAACACACACAGGUGCGAUGAUUUGUGCAUGAGCAUAAUUACAAAGACAUUAGGAAACACUGACACCUGAUACACACCGUGUAACAGGAGUUGGAGAUGAUGUGGGGAGUAUUGGCUCGGUGCACCCAUGCAGGACCAGGUCUGUGCUGGUUGUUAGACCCGCAUGUGGUCGAGUUUUUGUACGCUGAUAGAUCUGCACAUGUACACGCAAUAACAGGCAAGAAACCAGGAGGAACUGAUGUGAGCUAAAAGAAUAAACUACCUCUAAAUAUAUGAAAACUUUUGCAUGUUAGGUUAGGAAGGAUGUGCAUCUCUCAGUUUUCACUCUCUGUCUGUUUCACUCUUUAACUCUGAGCUGGAAGAUCCGAGCAGGUCAAAAGGAUAAAUUUCCAAAUUUAACUUCUUAAAGUAUCUCUAAGUAGCUCGUACCUCGAGGAUCUUCACAGUUAAAGCUCACUCUGCUGAAGUUAACUUAAGAUUGUGGAAGUUUCUGGAUUGUUUACUUUGUUCCUUCGAGGAGGUUUGAAUCGGCUCCUGUCGUGACAUAAGGACAGGAGGGAUUUGCGUAGACAUGCACGCAAAAAACCGCUCCUACUCUUCAGGGGAUCCUGUGACCAUCUGCUGAGACUGUGGACCACUUUUAAAUUACUCUCCAGGGGCAAAGCAGAAGGAGGUGUAACAUACAGACCCUUUCUAAAAAAUUAAAAAAGAAUUAGACUUCUUGAAUCUUCUCUGUCUGAUCAUCUGCUGAAGCCCACAGUCGUCUCUUUUGCUGGUGCAUCUUCUCCUGUCAUAUUUUGCCCUUCAUGAAUCUAUAAUCUGUUAAAGUUUAACUUUUUGGAUGGAAUUAUUGAAAUAUAUAAACUUUUCCAUGGUAUUCUAAUGUUUUGUAAAGGGUCUGUACCACUCAGAGACACGCUCUGCAGGUUCUUCUGGAGAGCUCGCCAUGUUUUCUUGUUUUGGUGUUUUUCCACCUCUGCGUCUGUCUGUGCCGGUGCAGUCCUUCUUUAUGACAGCGUUUACUGCAUGGCUAAUAAGGUUAGAAACUGAGAGGCUGAAUUCAAAACUGUCCUCAAAUGUAAACAAAGACCUUUUUUUUAACCUUUUAAGUCAAUAAUCUUUCAUAACUGAUAACACUGUCGCAAAUAAGAAAGAAAAAUGUCUGAAAAACGCAAAAAGUGAUGAAAGUACAAAUGUGGCGUGGACUCUUGAACUUUUCCUGAACUUUUCUUGGACUCAGAUCUGCAGCCUGAGGUCAUAAAAGUUUCUCAGGCUGGUCUGGAUUUUUAUUUUACACCAAAUCAAAGUGAAUUCUGGAGGAGGCCUGUGGCUGCGCUGCAUUUCUACCACCUUUUGUACAAUAUGUAACAUAACAGAGCGAGCUCAUGUGAGGGUCCAAAGGUGUGAGUCUGAGUCUGUAUCUGCAGAGAGAGACUUCAGCGUCUCCACUUUAAAGUGACUCAAACUAAAAGGAGGAUCUGUCUGUCUGUGUGACUGUGUUUUUCUAACAGCUGCUUGAUCCCAGUUUGCCAAUUAAUCACUCAGGAACAUGAUGUCAUUACAACCUGUUGGAGUUGUUAUUACAACACCGCCGCCGCUGCCACCGCCACACCCUCGCCAUGACUCCACAGAAAAGGCGUUGACCUCAGAGCCGCUACCGUGAGCAGCUCCUGGAUUACAUAAGCAUGGAUCCAGUCAGGCAGCCUGCUCAGUGGGGAGCGAGUUUUUGUGUUCAACUUUAACCUCCAAAGCCAAACUCCAUCUCCAAAGAGGAAAUACAUUUUCACUUUCACUCUUUUUUGACAUUUUAAAGUUUAAAGUUUUAAAAAGUUCAUAUAUUUUUGAUGGAGGAAAGCUCGAGCUGCAGAGAUUUCACCGUCCUGUGAGGCGGCGAGAAUUGAGCGAAAAAUGAAAUUUUUUGUCGGAUAAAAUUCAGAUUAAUCAAAGUUGUUUUUAUGUUGAAUUGAAGGAGAAGUUAAGAGUCAAACCUCUUCUUCUGCACUGCGAUAUUUCAGCUUCCCCUUUACUCUGCACUCCUCCUCCUCCUCCUCCUCCUUCCUUUGUCUCCUCUUCCCUUCCCUCCUCUCCUCUCCUUUUUUCUCCACAAAGCCAUGAGUCAGAGUAUUUGCUCGCUGCUGCUCACACUUAUCUGACACAAGCCCAGGUAUUAGAAUUUAGACACAAAGACAGACAGCGGAUGAUUCAGCGGACACGCCAAAGAGACACGUCAUACAGAGAGAGAGAGGGGCGAGAUAAGCUCUUGGCGAAACUGAGACAAAAAAAUGAAGCUCAACUUGGAAACUUUUGUGUUGAUUAAAAGUUUACCGAUUUGUCAAAUUGAUUUCGAAGGUGUGUGUGUGUGUGUGUGUGUGUGUGUGUGUGUGUGUGUGUGUGUGUGUGUGUGUGUGUGUGUGUGUGUGUGUGUGUGUGUGUGUGUGUGUGUGUGUGUGUGUGUGUCGCCUGUUGCCAUCCCUCCCUCAUUCUUACCCAGAGUUCUCAGGAUAAACAUAGGUUGUCCGCAGUUGUCCAUAGCAACAAGCCCGCUGCAGUGUUGACUGAUGUAAAGUGAUUAAGACAGGGUGUGUGUGUGUGUGUGAGAGUGCAUGUGUUCAGGUAUGCGUACGUGCACACGUGUGUUUUUUUUUCCUCCCUCAUCUGCUUGUUAGUGUAAAUUAUUCCGCCCACCUCUGCAGCUCGGCGAAGGUUUUUUCACUCUUUCACGGUUUCUUUUUCUGUCACUACACCGUUAUUAUCACACUCCAUUUAUCUUCACCGGCAGGAGAUUUUCUGAGGGUUUCCUGCGAAAUUAAAGAUACCUGAAGAUUUAAAGAGACUUUUUAUCUCAUUAUCAGAGAUGGAAAUGAAAUUAUAAUCACUCCUCAGAGCGUCUCAGUCGACUAAUCUGAAGUACGACCGUGCAAACGCAGGAAAAAGAAAAAUCAGGCAUUCAGAUUUUUUCCUGAUCGGUGCGCCUGCUUAUGUUUCUCUAAACCUUAAUCACAGUGGAAGUGGGCGCACACGCAGGAGCCUCAUUUCCACUCCUACAGAAAUAGAUGCAGAGUGCAUCCGUGGAAAAUAAAGGACUCACGCAAACUCGGCCGAUCGUUGGAGACCUGUCGAUGAAAAGAAGAGCAAUUAGUCUGAUUGUGCAGCUCCAGACCAACUGUUGGUAUUUUUAGCAGCCGCACCACCAUGAAAACCAUCACUGUAGACACUAAAAAUCUCAUAAAUGAUUAUUUCAUACAGAUGAUACAAAGUUCAGAGUUUAAAAAGUAUCAGGAGACGAAAAAUCCAAAAGUCUGAAGAAGAUUUACUUUUACAUUCGUCAAACGUCUCUGAAACCGUGUUUCUCUGCAGAUCUGUGUGUGGGGUGUUUCAUAAUUACAAUUUAUGUGGGGUGAACGGUUUAAAAAUGUACAUAUGAUUCAUCUGCACCCUGGUGUUUCUGCUGCUUUCGGUCCUAUGGAAGAAUAAUUUUACAUAGUUUGUAUUUAAAGUGUGUUUCCUGUUAUUCUCCUGCGGAGGAGCAGAGGGAAGGAUUUCACAUUUUAGAUCAAAUCGUGAAAAUCUGCAGCUGAUGGUAACUGAGGGUGAUUUUGGACACAGCCUCAGACGGCUCCUCGUGAACUUAAUCUGACUCUUGGAGAUCCUUCUUGAGUUGAUUAAGCAGCAGGUGAGCUCCUUCAUGAUGGGAUUUCGCAGGUAAAUGUGAACACCUGAGGCGGUGAGCUUUACUGGAAAAGAGAGCGGUCAUGGAAAGCAAAGCGCUUCUUCUCCUGAAUUCAUUUGUUUAGAGGUGCGUGUUUGCAUCCGCCGGUCUGUUGACACGGAGCCACAAAGGUUAGCCUGUUAUCGAGAUCUCAUCAGGUCUAAAUGGACGGGUUCAUGCGAGGACUUCCCGCCGGUGUUUGGACAGAGAUGAUAUGACCUCUGCUGAGAGUUACUGAGCUUUUGUCGUCACACACAGGUCAUGUUGUUUUAUAUCUGCUGCUUUUAAAGAGACACGAGAAAGAAAAAGUCAUUUCCUGCUGAAGAGCGCCCUGGGCGGUCUGAGAGUGGAAACGGUUGUACACGUCUGAAUGAAGAGGGCGUGUGCAGCUGCAUGAGCGGCCGUUACAGGCGUGCCAAUCCAAGCCCGUUGGAUGAGGAUGACGGUACGAGUCUCACAUGAAGCUCUGACGGGAAUCAGGGACAAAAGAGUGAGUCAGGGUUUUUUUGCAGGAGGAUGAGGAGGAGGAGGAGGAGGAGGAGUGGUUCUGAUUGUGGUCUGAACUGAACCUUUAAGGAGAAGCUGUGAGUGACGAGAACAUGUGAACGCUCUGAUUUAUACAGGUGACGUAACAGAAGUGAGGAGUUCAAACACACACAGAAAAUACUCCAACUAUGUGUUUUUAACACCAACCCAACCAACCACAAAAUUUUUCCAUACACUACCUGCGUUAACAGAGACCUGAAGUCUGUAGUCUGUGGUUAAAGUUCCUGCUGAAAAAAUGUAGAUUUACAAAUAUGAAGAAUAUGCAGAAGAAAUAUACCAAUACAAAGGCAAAUACGGAAAAGAAGAUGGAGUAGAAGAGUACAAAUACAAAGAAAAAGAAAACAAAUAUGAAGAAGAAUAAGAAUACAAAUUCGAAGAAUACGAAGAGUAUGAAUUCGAAGAAUGCGAGGAUGAAGAAGAAUACAAGGAGUAUGAAUUCACAGAAUAUGACUAUGAAGAAUACGAAGGCGAGGAAGAAAAAAAAGAAAAUUAAGAUGAAGAAGAAGAAUGCAAAGAAGAAAAAUACAAAUACGAAGAAGAAUAUGUAUACAAAGAAUACGAAGACGAAGAAGAACCUGGACUCUCCUCCUCUUCAGGGUCUUUUUUAGUCAAACCAGUACUUAGAAAGGUUCGUUACCUCAUCAUUGCACUGAAGUUUUCUUCAAAUGCACAAUGAUGAUGAUGAUGAUGAUGAUGAUGAUGCUCUGUCUUUCUGUGUGACCAUCAUGCUCUGGGCAGCAGAUCAGUUUCUCUCUCUCUUGAUUUUAAACUCGUUCUGGUUUCACAGGCGGACAGAAACGGCUCUCCUCUCUUUAAGCGUGUCUGAUUUAAUAACUUUGUUGAUAAUUGAUUUCUCAUAACUUCCACACCGUCGCGCUCUGAUCCUUCGUAAAACCUCCUGACCUUUUUAUAAUCUCAGCCUGUCUGUGUAGAUAAGACCUCCCCUCCCCGGAGCUGCCAUCUCCUCGUCCUCCUGUUGCUCUGUCCUUUUAGUCGGCACUAAAUCUGUCAAUACAGAAAACAGUCGCACAAUAAUACCGUUCCCUCUGCAGGAGGGAGAUUAGGAACAUAUAAGAGGAACCUUUCUCUCUCUGUGGUCUUUGUCCUUUUAGGGUCGGUGUCGUCAGGAGAGAUGAGAGCGUGUGGUCGAGCAGAUAAGACACAAACUUUCAGAUGGACUUAUUGUGAUUAUUGUCGUUGUGUUCUUGUGUCUCAGUGCUUGGAGACGUUGUCGACCCGUCAGAUGGACAUGCAGUUGUUCAUCGCAGACGGCUGUAAAGAGGCUCUGCUGGAGGAGAAGAGGCGUUUCUGUUUCCUGGUGGACAAACACUGCAUGUUCUCCUAUCAGACCGCUUCUUUUCACGACAAGGUAAAACACUCUCAGACCUGACUAACUCCUCAACCUUUCAACCUCAAACACUGAUUCUGCACGUUACCAUGGUGAUACAAAACGUCCGCACUCUGAUUACUCAUGUUUUCUUCUUCUUCUUGUGUUCGUGCGCUCCGGUUCAGGCCAGAGACAUUCUGACGGCGAAGCUGAGCGGCUGGCAGGACCAGUGCAACGACGCCACCGACAUGCCCGAGAGCAUUUUAACCAUGAUCGAAGGACUGCGGACGCCCAUCUCCAUCACGCCUAUGCCCUCGCCGUCCCCGUCACGGCACAGCGUGGUACGAUUGUCAGAAAGUUACUUAUAGUUGUUUUAAUAUAAACUAUGGAGCCGUUUAUUUGAGGGGACGUUUUUUCAUGACUGUGGCGGCAGCUCGGCAUCUGCUGCUGCAGAAAAAUAUGACGUUAAUCUUUCAGAAACAUCUGUGCAGUUAUGUGAUUUAAUUCACUAUCAUGUUGAAGUAAGAAUAUUUUAUGUAGUUUUGUUUAUAGAAUAACAGCAGGAAACUGUUUGUUGAGGAACGUCACGUUUAAUUACAAACCCUCGUCUACAAGACAACCAAAGAGAAUGGAGGCGUAAAAAAAAAAAAUCUGUUUUUCAGAGUUUUUUUUUUUCUUUUCUGCUCUUCAGCCUAAUUUUUUUUGUUUUGUUUUGGAUCAUGAUCAUUUAAAAACAGACGCUUUCAUCCCCCUCUGCUCGAUUUAUUGGCCCACUUGUUUAGUUUAAUCAAGUUUUACUUUCUUUUGGGUUUGAGACUCUGGGAGAUCCUCCUUUCUUUAAGUCAGACCGAUGGAAUCUUCAUAAGUUUAUCUACUCAGGAUUUUCAUAUCUUACGUUUAACUAAUAACAUGCUUUAUUCUCAUUGACCCUGUAGUCGAAGUUAUCGAGGGGCUGAAGAGUCAGCUGGUUUGGAGCAGCCGCGGUGGUUAACGUUAUCUGAUUGUAUGAGAUUCUCGCAGGAUUUUGAAGGAUCUCGCUGAGUCAGGAGAAAAAAAAACAAAGACGAAAAAAAAAGAACAAAAAAAGAAUAAAAGUUGGUCUGAAAAAAAAAAGGGGGAAAAAUGUUUAAAAACAGAAGAAUAAAAUUUAGGCCGAAAAACAGCAAAGAAAAAAAAAAUACUAAAAUUAUAAUUGAUAAUACUGAUAGUUAUAUUUUUAGUCCUCUGCACAGCCAGUAAAUAAAAUAUCCUCUCUUAUUGUAAACUUAGCUGUUAGACCAGCCUGUAUUUCUUUACUAUGUUCUUUAUAUUAUAAAUUAAGAAAAAUACUCUUAAAAGUAGAUCCUUGCACGCUUUCAACUUUAUAAAAUCGUGCUGUGAAAUUGAGAGGGGGUGAAAAUAAAAAGUUAAUGCAGAAUUAAAGUGCAGGUCCCUGGAUUAAAGUUCAAAUUUAACAGACAUCUCAUCUUUGUUCAUAGAGCGUCACAGAUUAACAGAAUAACGAGUUGGAAUAAAAUUUAACUAACUUUUACAAUCAUGAAUCGACUCAGGCUCAGAUAAAGCCGCUCCGUCUCCUCUGUGAUUCAUGUUUUCACUGACAUAAACGUCGAUGUUUCUGUGCAGAACAUGUCUACACCCCCGGCCCCUCCUCUGAAGGCUCAGACCAGUCCUCUCGCCAGCAUGUUCAACCAGGACAACAACACGACCGCUGUAACCGCGGUCAGCAACAACAACAACACAGGUAUGAUUAUUACAGUAAUGUGGACGCUAAUGUGUGACUCUGAGAGCUCCAAGUUUAUUGUCCUCUGUUCACAUCAGAUCACGGCAAUGGCGAGGACACCAAUCUGGCGCGGUCGGUUUCUGUCGCCACGGGCCUGAACAACAUCGUGAAAAGGCCGCGCGUACGCACCAUCUUCCCCCACACCGCCGGCAACAACAACACGCUGCUGAGCUUCGACGAGGGAGACGUCAUCAUCCUGCUGAUCCCCGAGGAGAAGGACGGGUGGAUGUACGGGGAGAUGGAGAAGAACGGAAAGUGAGUCCAAAUUCAAACUGUUCAGACUUUUUACGUUAUUGAUCGAUGGUUUUUAUUUUGUCAUUCUAGGUCUGCGACACGUAGACAUAUAGACCAUAGAUUUUACAGUAACUGUUAAAAAUCUGCAGAAUUAGAUCACGAUACUUGAGCAUGUAAAAGAUGAGAAAAAGGGAAGGAUUGAUUUGACCUAAAGGGGGCGCUAAAGUUGACAUAUAUUGAAAAGUUCCUAACUGGAAAUUUAAUGAGCGCAUUGCUUGUUCCUCCGUUGAACAAAUAACAUCUUUAUCGAGCCGUUGAGGCAGAUUUGACAAAAGCGUCCCGACCCCCACACAGACACCUCUCCCUUCUGUGCUCCAUGAUAACUCCACCCUGAACCUGUAUCGCCAUCCCCAGGACACAACCCUUCGGGCCAGUAGAAGAUCUUACGCUAGCUUCAAAUAGGAUUCACCAUGUCGGAUUGUUAGUGACUAGCAGCAGUAAACGCCAGCUCUGCUAGCAAGCGCCGUCCGCAGCUGCCUGGACAGCUACCGUGUUGACACUGCAGAGACUAAUAAGAGUUAUUUAAGUAACAUGUGCCAUGAUAAAAGGUGAUAAAAAUGACCAUUUAACAAAAACUCUGCUGUCUCGGCAGAGACAGAGUUUCUCCACCGCUCGAAGGAUGACCCGAUGUUUAUUCGAGUUAGAUUCGUCGCUUGGUCACGUCCCUCUUUCCUCUUUGUCUCCUCCUGCGCUUUCUUCCCACUUUUGGCGGUGGGGCGGAUUUUUUGGCAUCCUUCUCCAUUACAGCUCCUGUAGCUAAACUGCUACGCUACUUUAGGCCGCUCAGAGCUCCAAGGAGGGCCGGGAGAGUGGGAGGGGACGAGUCGGAACUACGGGAGGAAUACAGAAAGGUGAUUGGAUGGAGAGGCAGAGCAGAAGAUUGACUAAUGGGAGCUGUCUGCGAAUUAUUUUUUGUAGGAUGGUAGGGGAAGCUCCCGCCCUCCUUCGCCUCUGAUUGGCUAGAAGUGCUGGGCUCCAAUUGGUCAUUCCUCAUGGCUGUGAAACGUCAUUGUCUGAGGUGCGAUAGUGUUCUGUAAUCUUCUGUGUGAUGUACAGAGCUGAAAGCCCGCAUUUGCUGUUGACUUUUCUAGCCAAUCAGAGGCGAAGGAGGCGGGACUUUCCCCUACCAUCCUACAAAAAAAAAAUAUCACGUCCACGACGGAUGGCUCCCAUUGGUCAAUGUUUUUGCAGCCCUGCACCUGCUCCCGUGAACAGAUUGUUUCCAUUUUUUUUUCUCUUCACUUUGUGGAGACCGCACUAUAAGACCACGAUCGCCAUAGAAACGAGGUUCAUAAUAAUUACCAAUGUCUCCAAUCAUCAACCAUGACUUUAAAGAUAUCAGAUAUUUGAAGCGUUUGCAGAAAUAUUGACGCUCGCUCUGGAGGACUCGUUACUUUUUUCCUCCAUCCUCCUGCUGACCGGUGAAAGACGAGUUUCCUGCUCUGUCCUAAAGAGACAAACGGCCCCUCGUCUGAUUGUCAGGCUGACCGUGUUCACACACACACACACACACACACACACACACACACACACACACUCGCCCUGGCAGCGCUGGAACACUCUGAUACAGAAAUCAAAGUAAAGUAUGGCCUGAGGGUGGGAUGUAGGAUAGCGGACGGCAGAGAGGCAGGUAGAGCGCUUCAGAGCACCACCUGCUCUCCCACACAGACAGGCAGGCACCCACCGAGCCAGCUCCCCCCCUCCAGGUCUCUGAUGUCUGACUUUUUAAACAGGGAUUUGAUCUGAAGCCCUCGGAAGUGUGUUUCUGAAUUUUAAUCGUUCAUCAAGUUUGAUCUUUGUCACUAUCGAGGGAAAUUACCUGGCAAAUGUAUACGAAAAACGCCGAUCAAGGGCAGGCGGCGAUCGCUCCUGAGCCCCCGUCCAAACAGGGAAACUCGAAAACUUUGUUCUCGCUGCGGAACAAGAAGCGAGGCGAGCCCGAGCGCCUAAAGGCUUAGAAAGUUUAAGUCAUCGUGUUUAUCAGAGAAAAGAGAGACGGUGUGUCCCAGUGGGGGGCCGGCUCUGAUGCUUUUUGGUCUGAGUUUCCUAUUUGUCAUUUAUGGGCUUUGAGAGUGUAUCCCAGCAACACGCCUGGCAACACCCGGGCUGACUCAGAUACCCACUCACACACACACACACACUCUGUUGAUGGACUGAUGGGUAAAUAUCAGUAGGGCAAAGACACACUUAUGAUUCACUCUGAGGGAAAACAACACGGCUGAUAAACAGUUACGAAGAUAAUAUUUGAUAAACUCUGAAAUCUGUCAGGAGACCGUGUGGACGCUUUAUUUACACGACAAAGAGACGAUCCACACCCACACUUCAGCACCAGAAAGUGAAAUAAUCCCCACAUUUAGGCUGAGCUUCUUUUUCCUGUUGUUGUUCCUCAGAUUUGAGCUCAAAUUUAGAGUCUUAUCAGAGAUUUUUCCUCGACCGUUCAGGGACAGUCUGUAUCUGAGAGUGGACGAAGCUAGCUGCCAAGGAAACGUCCUUGAACAGGAUUAUUACUGUUCAGAGGUGAAUUCCUCUGUCUUUACUGCUAAAAUCAAACAUAGAAGAGGGUUGAGUUAUGUGGAUUCUGCAGAGAUGAUGCAUAGUUUCCUUCUGAUGCAUGAUUCUCGUUCAAAAGAAGAUAACGUGAACAAUAAAAGUUUGAAAUGGACUCCGUACAGAUGUGAAAUUCAGACAGAAAUGCAUCAUCAAAAAAAGUCAAUAAUUCCUCUUGGAUACAAAACAUAGUGUUUUAUUUUGAAAAUGUAGAGAGUAGGAAGUAGAUACAUUUAAUUUGAAAUGAAUACAAGGUACCUGUAGUUCCCAAUAUGUGGUUCAGGACCCCUCUGGAGGUCACAAGAUGUCUUCAAAAUUACAGCUUACGUCAUAUCUUUUUAAAUGUCUGAAAAAUCUGUGCAAAAAAAUGUUUAACUUAGGGUGACCAUCUUCUGAAUCCCCAAAGAGGACAUGACUACGAGGGGGCGGAGUCAUGGAGUCGCAUGAAGUUGAUUUAGGGAGUUUUUCGGGUCGGAUCGAGUGUCUUUUACACGCUUCUAACUCAGUCCACACGACACAAACUCUAAACUUACGUACAAAACUGCGAACAUUUAAAGGAUUUUAUAUAAUCCCGCCCUCCUUCGCCUCUGAUUGGCUAGAAGUGCUGGGCUCUGAUUGGUUAUUCCCAAUGGCUGUGAAACGUCAUCGUCUGUUCAGUUAGGGUUAGGAGAUUCAGAAGUGCGGUUAUGUUCUGUAAUGUUCUGUUCCAUGUACAGAGCCGACAGCCCGCGUUUAGCUUGAGUGUGUGACGACGUUAACAGCUUUUCUAGCCAAUCAGAGUCGAAAGAGGCGGGACUUUCCCCUACCAAAAAUGGCCCCCCCGGACAAAGCGGGUCAGCCCCUCAAAAAAAAGACAUGUCCAGGUAGAAGAGGAUGUAUGGUCACCUUAGUUAAACCUGUUUUAACCUUUCUUAGUUUACUUUGAAUGUCUGUUUUUUGAUUGGCCUGUUCGUGUGCAUGCAGCAGACCCUAACCUUAACCCUAACACCAAGAACAUUCUGGGGGUCCUGGGCUUCUAAUUUGCCAUAAUCAGGGGGUCUGGGUCAUGCAUAUCAAAUAUUAGAGUUUCAAAGUUGCUGUUGAUGCAACAAAAAGCAUCUGCAAGAAAGGGCAGCAGGUGUGUGUUUGUGUGUUAGUAAAGCAGAGGCGGCAGCAGAGCGGAAAGUUUAAUCUGCAGGAUGGAUAGAGGAGCAUCUGGACGUCGUUUUGUUUCUUUUCCGUUUGUCGAACAUUCGGAGGAACUUUCAGAUUCAUGUGUGUGAAAGAAGAGCCGACAGGGACGACUAACCGCAGCUGUGAUCAUCGCUAACGCUGCCUCUCUUUGUCUCACAGGAGGGGCUGGUUCCCUUCAUCUUACUGCCGUGCACUCACAGAGCCGCUGGUGAAUAACAACAGGUAAGAAGACUCCUCACACACACACACACACUCACACACACAGAGUGGGAGGUUUCAUGUUGCAGGCGGCUGUAUUGUUGGCCGUGUUUCCUCUGGUUACUCCUGUUAGCGUGAUAACCUUUCUAAUCCUUCGGGGGGGACUCUCCCAUUCCUCAACCUUUGAUUCCUCGCCGUGCCUCGGUCACAGUUUCCUCCUCCUCCUCCUCAUGAGACCUUUUCUCUGCAGAGUGACAUGACUAAUGCACACUCAUGAAACCAGAGCCGCAUCAGUUUUUACGAUUAAUACACUUUUCAUUAUCCUCUGCGCCCAUUAAUAUUAAAUACUCCUCGAAUCUGAAACUAAAAUUAGGCAAAAUAUCAGGAAACAGGAUGUUGCGUGCUGAUGAAUAGAUUUUACAGCUGAUUAGAAAGAGGGAGAGAGUUCACGGAGUCAGCUACAGCCUCGUCUUCAAAGGGACUAAUCCCUGUCGGAUUAAUUUAUUAGAUCUUAAUGUGCUGAACCUCCCACAGAGAGGCUGCCAGCAUUCAGGGAAACAGAAAGUUUAAUCUAUAACCAGCGCUCGGGGACACAAACACACACACAUAUACAUCCUGAUCUUGUCCUCGUUUAGUCUGCGAACCAAAACCUGAAUUUAAGAAAACUAUUUGGAUUAUUCUUCGAUGCUAAAUCCUGAUUUUGUUUCCUUUAAAUGUUUGCACCCUCGUCUCUUCCUCUGCAGCGUGUCGGGCGCCCCGUACCGCAGCAGAAGCGUGGUGAACCUCCACCACCAGGACACGGAGACGGACGAGGCCACCAUGGUGCUCCCUCAGACGGACUACAGCGCCGCCAGGAGCAGCGCCCUGUCCGGCAGCAACGUCACCGUGCACAACAACCACCAUCACUCCCCCACGCCGUCUGCGGCCUCGUCCUCCUCGUCCGAUCACAACACGGUGAGUCGGCGGUUUAUUUAUGGAACGGUUUUACAGGUCUGGAGAGGGUCCUGGAAAUUUAAUCAGCCCUGAACAACUUGACCCACUGUCUUCUGCCGGACCUUUGUGCCGUUCUGGCACAGCCCUGACACCGUGACGUGACCGGACUGGUGAUGAGAGUCUCACCUGAUACCUGCUGCUACUGUACACUCAGCUGUGCAGAGUGUGUGUGUGUGUGUGUGUGUGUGUGUGUGUGUGUGUGUGUGUGUGUGUGUGUGUGUGUGUGUGUGUGUGUGUGUGUGUGUGUGUGUGUGUUUGUGGUGUCAGAUAAGCUCCCUGUGCCUGCUUUGGGCUGCUGACCACAUUCUGAUACCCUCCCAGUGUCGUCUAACUAAUGCGGUAAAAUAAAGUAAGGUUUGCUGUCAGCCAAUAGGGAAGCAGCUUUUUAUUUUAACCCUCGGUUUGAAGCUCCAUCCAGCCGACUUUGUCCCCUAAACGGACAUGCAAAUAAGUGUUCAUAAAAUAAUCAUUUUUAAACAUUUUCUUUUACUUUUUUUGACUCAAAUCUCUUAAACAACUUCAGCCCUGAUCACUUAAAAAAUAAUAAAUACAAAAUUCAAUGUAUUGCCCUUUGAGUGCCAGUUUUUGUGCACCAUGUUACCGCUAUUUUUAAUGGUAAAAAUCACAAAUUCACCAUAUUUCUCAUAUAAAAAGACAAAGAUGAUUUUUUUUUAAAAAAGAGUCUGGGCCAUGUCAAUGAUGAGAAGUAAAAUCGAUUUCAGUGCAUUAGUAUCCUUUUUGUUUUGCAAAUUUCUGUAUUUUAGCUCCAUCCAGCCAACUUUUUCUCCAAAACGGACAUGCAGAUAAAUGUUUAUAAAAUAAUAAUUUAAAAUUUUUUUUUUUUACUUUUUUUGACUCAUGUUUCUUAAACAACUUCAGCUCUGACCAUAAAAAAAUAAUAAAUACAAAAUUCGAUGUUACACCCUUUUUAUGCCAGUUUUUGUGCACCAUGUCACUGCUAUUUUGAAAGGUCAAAAACACAAAAUCGCCAUAUUUCCCAUAAAAAAUGAUCGAAUGAAGUUUUUUUUUUAAUAAAAAAGAGUCAGGGCCAUGUCAAUGUUGAGUAGUAAAAUGUAUUUUGGCGCAUUUAAAUUCUUUACAUAGUGCCAAUUUCCUUAUUUUAGCUCCAUCCAGCCUCCUUUGUCCCCAAAAAAUGACAUAGACAUAAGUGUUCAUAAAAUAAUCAUUUUUUUAACAAUUUCUUUUUACUUACUUUUUUUUUUUUUAAAGAAGAAAAACAAGAAAUCUCACCAAAUUUAAUGCUACAGUCUUUAAAAAUGUGACUGUAAGCUCAAAAUAAAGAUGGAAAAAACGGACAUAAUAGAAACCGAGAGUUAAUCUAACAUUAGCCUCAGGGUACGAGUGUUUUCUGUCUCCUGCACGUCUGUCUCUCCUCAGACUGCGCUGAUGCAAUAAUCCGGAUUAUAAAUCCUGUUUAUCGAACAUGUUUGAUAAUAUCAGGCCGUGUCUGGGUUAUACAGACUGGACCUGUUCCCUCGUAUUUACUGAGCACAGGUACUACGGAGGAUGAGGAUCAGGCUCGGCUCUCCUGUGGACUAAAUUUAACCACAACUGGAAAGAAGAGCUCAUUAUUUUCAUAUUUCCUUUGACCCUGAAGAGGAAACGCACGAGCAGAUACCAGAAGUUUGACCAUGUAGACCUUUUGAUAAAUACACACUCUGGGUUUUGGAGGAACAGAUUCGCCUUUGAUGCAGAAACAUGAAUCCAUGAAGGUGCAGUUCCUCGAGUGUCCACUUGGGGCUAAUUGAUCUUUGCUCCUCCUGGAUUCUGCGUCUUCUUGGACCGCUUGGUGGCCUUAAACUAAGAGCCAAAAGAGACAGAACUCAGUCUGGAACCUGAGCUGGAGUUUGUGGUAUUUCCCGAGUUUAUUGCUCAAUAAUCUCCGCUGCCAAUUCGGCACGUCGUAGAUAAACAGAUAACGGAAACGGUUUGAAAAGUUUCAUCCAAAAAGUGUUUAUCCUCUCAUGGCUGCAGGAGAUGGAGAUAGAUGGAGGUUGAGCAGGUCACAGAUUCAGAUUUACUUGAUUUGUAAACACUCAUCAGCAGGAAGACAGAAAGAAAGAAAAAAGUGUGAAAGUUCGACCCUUUCGCUCCUUCGAUCAUUAUCCCUCCACAUCAUCAUCACUCUUCGUCUUCCUCCCACUCCGCCUCAGCUUCACUCAUCACUUUACGAAUGUUUCUCCGUUUGCAUAGCAUGCAAACCGUCAGCCAAAGUAGUGGUUUUCUCUCUCUGAAAGCUUUUGUAGUCGCUCAGCGUGUGACCAUGAAUGUAAAUGUGUCGGGUCAAACACUCGGUCUGUGUAAUCACUCCCACAAUGCCCCUGUAGUCCAUCUGUAGAUCUCUGAUAAGAUCCCACUCUUUCCACCUGGAGUGGUGUGAUGCCUUUUUAUUGAUGCAAAUCUCUUCUCUCUAAGUGACCUUUGACCCCACUCUCCUCACGGACACGCCGAGUACACUCUUCGAACGUCAAAUCAAGUCCAGUAGCACCUCAGGCUGCUCUCCUCACAUCUGUGCCUCUUGGACAUCAGUUUGACUCAUCACGUUGCCCCUAGCAACCACUGUUAUAGGGCUUUGACCAAUCAGAGUACAGGUAUGAUGCUGCGUUUAAGUUACCUCGGAAGUCAGAUGUCUGAGCUGAAAAUGACGUCACAACUGAGUUCCGAGAAAAAAGCAAAAUCGGAGGUGGAAACAAGAUGGCUACAUCUACGAAAGUUUGUUUAGCACUUGCCUUGUCCCAAUAUUAAGGCCAGUGUAACUUAACUUUCAUAGAUGUAGCCAUCUUGUUUCCACCUCCGAUUUUGCUUUUUUCCAACUUGGUCACUGAAACGCCGGUAACUCAGGUGUGACGUCAUUUUCAACUCCCGACAUCUGACUUCCGAGGUAACUUGAACGAACCAUUAAGUGGGGGAAUGGUGCAUUCCAUUUACCUUAGGAAAUUGGAAGUCGGAACUGGGAAUGAUGUUACACCCGAGUUAUCAGCUUUUCAGUUACAAAGUCGGAAAAAAGUCGCCGAUGGCCAAUAAUGGAAGCGGAAACAAGAUGGCUACAUCUACGAAAGAUAUUCUCGCGCUUGCCUUGUCCGAAUAUAAACAACCUCUAGACAGAUAUGCAGAAGGUAGCCUAUUUUUUCUAUUACAGCAGCAUCUACUUCCUGUUUACAACUGGCGCCGCCAUUUUUAAAUGUCAACUCGGAGGUUGAGUGGAUCGUCCGACUUUACGAAUCGGAAAUCCGAACUCGGGGGUCGUUCCAGUUGAAAGUUUUAACUCAGAGUUCAUUAAUCCGGACUUCCGAGUACAACACGAACGCACCAUAAUAACUCGCUUUAAUUUCCUGAUCCAUUAGCGUUUUUAAAACCACAUAACUCGGACUGUCGUAAAAUCCCAGCGCUCAUUAAACAUUGAAGGAAUCCUGAAGUAAAAAACACUCAAAGUGUCAGUGAGUGUGAGCAACAGCCCGACUCACAGCCUCCUCGUAUUUUAAUCUGCGCAUAAAUCAGACGCUCUGCUGUUUGUGCGUUUACAGAUCAGAUCUAAAAACCUGCAGAUGCUAAACCGGCCAGAAGACUCUUAAAAUAACCCUAAACUGGACGCUGGGGUUCAACGAUUGAAGAUCAUAAUGGUGCGAUUAUAGUUUGAGUAAUAACUACGACUCCACAAUCACAAUCAUUAAUUCCACAACAUUAUCGAUAAAAGACUUCCUGUAACGUUGCUGUGCUGCAUUUGCAACUUUCCCUGCUACCUGACACACCUGAAGUUUAAAGUUUGACGUUUACUCGGGCGGCUGGUGCGUCACCUUUGACCCUUCAGCUGCAGUUUUUUGCAGACAGGUGAUCCAUCAUCUGGAAGAACGUCUCAGUCGUUCUCGUCUCACCUGUUUCUUCCUUCAGCUCCGACAUGUUAAAGUCACAGGCGGUUUGACCCAGAUCGGGGCUCGGCGGUCAGUCAGAUCCUUUUCUCCGCGUCACCUCUGCUGUAUUUAUUAUUUAACAUCAUUCGCUCCUCUCCUCGCUCUUUAGUGUGAGUCACCGCUCUGCUCUCUGUCUCUGUCUCUGUCAGUUUAUCUCCACAUCUGCACUCUUGUCUCUCCAUCUCUUCAGCACAUUCCUCUUAAUCUCCUCUUCACUCUCGUUUUAUCCCUCCCUUUGUUUCCAGGGUAAAUAAGGGAAGAAGUUCAUCCUCACACACACACACACACCUCUGCUUUAACUCUAAAAAAACACACACACACACGUCCCAGAAUAGACUUGUGUGGGAAAAACUUCUCCACUUCUGCGUUAGGCUGUAAUACUUUGGUUUAUGUUCGGCUCAGUGUGUGAGUGGGUGCUCGAGGUUGUGUGUUGGUUUGUGCGCCGACAGUUAUGCUCAUAAACAUUUCUGAGUUGUUUUGGAGUCGUUUCUUCUUCCGUCUCACAUGCAAACUCGCAGAUUCGGUUUCCGCGCAAAUGCAAAGCAUGUCACAGUAACGUGUUUUUUUUGUCAUCAAACUGAAACAAAGGCUUUUUUCAGGUCGGACUGGAGGAGAGAAAGGUGAGAGGAGGGGAGGAAGGGGGAGAUUAGAGAGAAGAGGGCAGCAGGAGGUGGGGUUACCCUGGAAUGCACUGUCACUGUGAGAAAAAAUGCACCCUCACUGGUUUGUUGAGAGAAAGAUAACGACUCGCAGGAAUGAAUCUAUUUAGAGGAAAGAGAGAGAGAGAAAGUUAAAGGGUUAAAAGAGGAGUAAAGAGAAAACGCUGAAACUUUAAGUUUAACAGAGCAGAACUGACAGGAAACGACGAUCUUUGCCCCUUUAGAGUGACUCAGCGUGUUUUCAUAAAAACAGAGAUUAAGAGAGUAAAUCAGAACUUUUAACCGUCUAUAUAUCUGCUAUAAACAUCUGUGAAAGCAGAACAGAUGUGGGACUCUUCACAUCCUGUGGGGCCCACACGGCCGUCACAAUAACCCAGAACCAGGAGCUCGAUCCACUGCUGACCUCUAGUGGAGGCUGUGUGGUACUGCAGGCUCAUAACAGGCCGGCAGGAGUGGCCAGCAGCCAGGAAGUUCAACUACAGUUCAUGGAUAAAAAAUUAAAGGAACAGAUGUAAAGUGAAGCAGAAUUUUGAUGCUGAGAUUUGUGUUGUUCAAAUCGGGGUUAGAGUGAGGAGAAGAUCCCUGUCAGUGUAACUACAGUUAAAAAGUGUUAACACCAUUACGAUUAGUGUUUAAUUCUUCAUGUUUUUCAUUGUUAUUAAUAAGGAAUUAAAGAAACUUUGCAAGAGAGAGAAGCCCCCACCAGAACCUGAUACUGCAUGAAGAUAGGGUUUGGUUCUCUGACGCUGUGGGUGAUUAUUUGGUCGAUAUUGAACCAGAAACAUUCAGUAACCACGAUGUAAGAAACACUUAUUCACACUUGAACUAAAUCCCAAUAACCUGACUUAGAAACAAAAACAAACAUGUUUUAAGGUGAAAGCUUGACUCUUAUGUUUGAUCGCCUGUGUCUCACUUUUUGUUUUUCUUGUGAUCCGUCUCAGUCAUAUUUUUCACUCUCUCUGAACUCGACAUAAAACAGAGUAAAGAUGAGGCCUUUUCCUGUGAAUAAACUCGUCAGCGUGAACUCUGCGUUUUGAAACUGUCUCUUCGUAAGAAAACUUCUUUGAAGCAGACUCGAAUUUCUCGAAGGUCGAGAUUCCAGAGUCUGUCUCGUGAUGUGACGCGGCGCAUUGUCUUCCCUCGUGUGUGUCCGGUGCCUCAGCUGCAUGAAACACUCAUGUCACAACAGAAAACUUCACUCAUAUACAGAGUGUGUUUGCUCUAAUGUUCAGUCAGGACAUGUUUUAACACAUUUCACCUGAUAAACAUACAACUCAACAAUGCUACAGACCAAAAAUAAGACCUGAAACAAAUUAAUCUGACUAAAAUAAUCAAGUAGAUUUUGGAGAUUAUUUUACUCAUUACAAUAAAUUUGGGUUUUCUUUUGGGCUCAUUGUAUCUGUAAAUAAGAUGUCAAACUUGACUGAUCAGCUCUAGGUAAGGGUGAGGUGGUAGGGUUAGGGGUUAGGGUUAGGAUUAGGGGUUAGGAUUAGGUCGUGGGUUGGGAUUAGGGGUUAGGGUUAAGUGUAAGGGUUUAGGAUUAGGGGUAAUGGUUAGAUGGUAGAGUUUAGGGUUACAUGGUAGGGAUAGGAUUAGAGGUUAGGGUUAGGGUUAGGUGGUAAGAUUUAGGAUUAGGGGUUAGGGUCGUUGGUAGGGUUUAGGGUUAGGAUUGGGAAGGUGUUUUGUCUUAAAAUUAGAUAAAAAGUCUAAUUAUAAUUCAUAAAAGCCACAUUUACCAAACAAGUCUGAAUAAAUAAACCUCGUUUCAAGAUACUGUCGGCCAAAAAUAAGAUCUGAAUUCUGUGUAAAAAGUAUUUAAAAAAAAUCUGUUAAUACAGUGAUUAAAAUAAUCUCUAGAGACACAGAACAAAACACUUGGUGAGAGUUUAGAAAAAUCCACUUUGAACCACAAAAACAUCAAGUAUUUUCAUCUAUUUCGAGUAAGAAAAGGUCUUAUUAUGUUUAACUUCAGAGUCCACAGAAAAGUCUGAUUUCAGUUUAUCCACCAAAAAUAAGACCUGAAUUGUGAUGAGUUCUAUUUAAUAUUUUCAGUGUAAGACUUGAUCAAACAUGAAUCUGUGUUCUCUCCACAGGUGGCCCAGUCCAACGGCGUCUCCAGACCGACGCCGGCUUACCUCGCGUAAGUUCCCGAAGAACAAAAACUCAAUAACCAGCUCUUCUUUUAUUAACACACUUAACAUGCAUUAAAACUGCUGCUUCUCCACAGGGGAGGGAACCCGUUCGCCACCGUCAGACUACGUCCUACUGUCACCAACGACCGCUCUGCACCCGUCAUCUGAUCGGACCCCCCAUCCUUAAAAACUCCUCUUCAUCUUCCCAGGAUGUGCGGCUCUGUACGGACUCUCCUGGUCCGGAUGGAGAGACAAACUGAUCUUUAAAAAAAAAAAAACGCCAUUUGAAUGUGGGAUCCCCUUUACUGCUGCAGACACUCAUCUGGAAGUAUUUUAGGACUGCUUUACUGACAGAACAGAUGCUCAUAUAUUUAAGAUAAACAUAUUUUCCAAGUCUUCUAUUUUUGUCCCUUCUGUUUGUGGUGGUGAUAUUUAAAGACCACUUUCUUACCUGCACUUGAGAAACGGAUGAAUAAAAGUGGUCAGAGCAAAAAAAGAAAACUGCGACGUAUUUAAACCGUUAUUGUCGAUGUUGUCGUUUGUCGUUGAGAGACUGUUAGGAAUCUUGUCUGUUGCCAUAGGACAGUAAAAGAAUGUACUGUAGAGGACCUCGACGCAAACAGGACGUCUGCUGCUGAGAGAAAACUGCAAGCUUUGAAGAGAUGCAUCAAAAAAAAAGGCACACAAGUGAUCUUUACCCUCUUGUGUAAAUAUAUUUGUACAUCAGAUGCUUUAAAUAUUGUCCUCUGCCACCUAACUGAAUGUUUUUGUAGAGCUAGACGAUGGUGGAGAAGGACUGAUCUUGCCUUAAUGACAUAUCUACUGUAAAGAAUGAAUCCUGUACCUGUUGCAUCGCCUCACCUGUGGAGUCGUUCCUACUUUAACCGUAACACGCGGCAUUUAAACACCAAAGUGCGGACACGUGCGUUUCGCUCUUUGGUCGACAUGAACUCUUAAUUUGCUUGUAUGAAAAAAAUAAAGGUUUAUUUCUUCAA